AACGUGUGCGUGUGUGUGUGCGGGUCUCAUUCUUUGUGCCUGCUUCAUUCUUGUCCUGGCAGGAGGGGAAGUCCACUGCUCAUUGGUGUGCGAAGCAAGUAUGAGCUAUCAACCGACAGCAUCCCCGUCCAGUACAGUGGCCGUGUCAAGGAAGGUGUCCAGGAGUUAAACAGCCAUAAUCUUUCUGACUGUUCCGAUGCCAUUAACGCUGUGGGUGAUGGCCGGGCGGUGGAGUAUUACUUUGCAUCUGAUGCCAGUGCCAUCAUAGAACACACCAACAAGGUGUUGUACAUGGAAGAUGAUGACUCGCCUGGUGACUGGGGGAAACUGUCCAUCCACAGGAUGAAGAGAAAAGCCGGUGACGACCCAGUCAGAGCGAUCCAGACUCUACAAAUGGAGCUGCAGCAGAUCAUGAAAGGUAACUAUGAUGCGUUCAUGCAGAAGGAGAUCUUUGAGCAGCCGGAAUCAGUGGUCAACACCAUGAGAGGCCGGAUUUGUUUUGACUCUAACAAAGUUAUUCUGGGUGGGCUGAAGGACCACCUGAAGGAAAUCAAGCGAUGCAGACGCCUAAUCAUGAUUGGCUGUGGAACCAGCUUCCACGCUGCAGUGGCUACUCGACAGAUCCUGGAGGAGCUGACGGAGCUUCCGGUCAUGGUGGAGUUAGCCAGCGACUUCCUGGACCGCAGCACUCCUGUUUUCAGAGAUGAUGUUUGCUUUUUCAUCAGUCAGUCAGGAGAGACUGCCGACACCUUGAUGGCUUUACGCUACUGUAAGGAACGUGGAGCUCUGACCGUUGGUAUAACCAACACUGUGGGCAGCUCCAUUUGUAGAGAAACAGACUGUGGAGUCCACAUCAAUGCUGGACCUGAAAUAGGAGUAGCCAGCACCAAGGCCUAUACUAGCCAGUUUGUGGCCCUCAUCAUGUUUGGCCUGAUGAUGAGUGAGGACAGGUUGUCCCUGCAGCAGAGAAGAUUGGAGAUCAUUAACGGCCUCCGGCUGCUACCAGAGCUCAUACAACAGGUUCUGGCUCUGAAUUCCAAGAUCAAAGCCAUUGCUAAUGAGUUAUACCAACAAAGGUCUCUUUUGGUCAUGGGUCGAGGUUUCAACUAUGCUACCUGCCUCGAGGGGGCGCUGAAAAUCAAGGAGAUCACAUACAUGCACUCAGAGGGGAUCCUAGCUGGAGAGCUGAAACACGGUCCUCUGGCCCUAGUGGACAGAGACAUGCCAGUCAUCAUGAUCAUCAUGAAAGACUCCUGCUACGUUAAGUGCCAGAAUGCUCUGGAGCAAGUCACUGCCAGAUCGGGUCGACCAAUCAUCCUGUGUUGCCAGGACGAUAAAGAGGUGACAAAGAAGGCCUACCAGACCAUUGAGCUGCCACAUACAGUGGACUGUCUGCAGGGGAUCCUCAGUGUCAUCCCCCUGCAGCUCCUGUCCUUCCACUUGGCUGUGCUGAGAGGAAAAGACGUUGACUGUCCCAGAAACUUGGCCAAGUCUGUGACUGUGGAAUAAUGACAGUUCACAAAGCACAGCACAGGGGAGAGAAGGCUUGUUGAUCUCAAGUGCAAUUGUGUGUGUGUGUGUGUGUGUGUGUGUGUGUGUGUGUGUGUGUGUGUGUGUGUGUGUGUGUGUGUGUGUGUGUGUGUGUGUAAACUGGUAUAGGUUUGAGUGUCAGUGAGGGGUAAAGAAAACAGACAAAAAGGGUAAAGUAUUGGGUACAAUGUCUUUUUGUAACAGAAAUGUGAAAACCAUCUACAGUCAGCCUCAUAAUUAUUUUGGACAGUGACCAUUUUUGUCAUUUUAUACCACAGUGGCGGUGCCAAGGGGGGGCUUAAGCCCCCCCAAUAAUGAGCCAAGCCCCCCUCAGCCCCCCCAAUAAUUCUGCCAAUGUGAAUUGGU